ACUCACAACUCACAAAAAUAUAAGCCUGCAUAUUACUACGCACGUUAAGAAAGACAGAGAAAUGGAGAUCAUCAUUCGAUUUUUCAUCAUCGCCAUCGUCAUGGCGCUGCUGUACGUCUUUUGCAGUUUAAUAUUUUCCUUGUGGGUUUUUCCAGCUCUUGCAUAUAGGAAGCUCAAGAAAAAUGGGUUAGAUGGUCCAUCUCCAAGUUUUCCAUUCGGAAAUAUCAGUGAGAUGAAAAAGGAGAACAUCAAUGUUAAAAGCUCAAGUAUCUCCCAUGACAUACACUCGACUCUCUUUCCCUUUUUUGCUCGCUGGCAAAAUUCUUUCGGAAAGAUGUUCGUUUAUUGGUUGGGGACGGAGCCAUUUUUGUACAUAGCAGAUCCAGAGCUACUGAAAAAACUGUCUACGGAGGUGACAGCAAAAAACUGGGGGAAGCCUGCGGUGUUCCGACGCGAUAGAGAAGCGAUGUUCGGUAAUGGCCUAGUCAUGUCCGAAGGCGAUGACUGGGCCCGUCACCGCCAUGUUAUCACUCCUGCUUUUAACCCAACAAACUUGAAGGCAAUGGCGAGCUUAAUGGUGGAGACCACCAACAAAAUGCUAGACAAUUGGACGACCCUCGUAGAUUCCGGCACUCAAGAAUUUGAUAUCGAAAGAGAAAUCACAGCAACCGCCGGAGAGAUCAUCGCCAAAACCAGCUUUGGCAUCAGCUACCAAAGUGGCCGGCUAGUGUUCGAAAAACUAAGAGCCUUGCAAACGACACUAUUCAAAACGAUCCGUUUCGUGGGAGUUCCUUUCGGGAAAAUGAUGCACCCUAAGAAAGCCCUAGAGGCCAGAAAACUUGGGCAAGAAAUUAACCAAUUGUUCUUGUCACUAAUUGACGAAAGACGCAAAAUGAUCACAGGGUCGGGGCCGCAGAACGACCUGCUUGGCUCGUUGCUUAAACAGAGUGAACAUGGAGGGUUCACAAAGUCCUUAACUACAAAAGAAGUUGUGGAUGAGUGCAAGACAUUCUUCUUUGGAGGUCAUGAGACAACUGCAUUGGCAAUCACAUGGACAAUGUUGCUCCUGGCCACCCACCAGGAUUGGCAAGAUCAGUUGAGAGAGGAGAUUAGGGAAGUGGUCGGAGACAAAGAAAUUGACGUGAAUAUGCUUUCUGGACUAAAGAAGAUGGGAUGGGUGAUGAACGAAGUCUUGCGGCUAUACCCUUCAGCACCAAAUGCACAAAGGCAAGCCAAAGCCGACAUUCAAGUGAACAACGACCUGUCGAUUCCGAGUGGAACAAACAUGUGGAUUGACAUCGUCGGCAUGCACCAUGACCCGGCCCUGUGGGGCGACGACGUCAAUGAGUUCAAGCCGGAGAGGUUCAAGGACAACAUCCACGGAGGGUGCAAGCACAAGAUGGGGUACUUGCCUUUUGGGUUUGGAGGGAGAAUGUGCAUCGGUAGAAACUUGACUUUCUUGGAGUACAAGAUAGUUCUAACCCUAAUUCUAUCUAGGUUUUCGUUUACCAUCUCUCCAACAUACUGCCAUUCCCCUUCUAUUGUCCUAUCUCUGAGACCUUCCGACGGCCUGCCUCUAGUACUCCAACCCCUCUAGACACCUGGGCCCCACGUUUUUAUCACUCCUAAUUGCUAUUGUAUCUGGUAUGUAGGAGCCCUAACCUUUUCCCCUCGCCCUUUUUUUGGUUUUUUUACCCCAACUUAGGACGAGUUUUAUGUACGACAGUCCGCAAGCAGCUUUCUGGGUCACGGCCUGGUUAUUACGCUAUUAUAGGGGGCCGGGUUUGGUGUGUGUAACCGCACCAUCACGUGUCCUUAGACUAUUUCUUAGAGUUUCUCCCUUCGCCUUAGGGUUAUUCAAUAAGUUUUUAUUCGUUAAUAAUUGUUUUCAAGUGGCAUUUCAUUGUAAGCUAUAUUGAGUAUUUGGAAAUUAGUGGCAUUGAUAUACUGAAUAAAAGCAAAGGAAACAAAUACCAUUACAUUUCAA